AUGACUGUCGAGCACCUUCUCCUGCCAAUGGCCACACAGCUCAACGGCGGGCCCAAGGAGGAAGCCACGGCCCCAGUCGCCCCGACGCCCUUUGUCACGAGGUCGAAGACGGUAGAGAGCCAGGCAUUCGUCGAUGCGCCUGAGACACAGGACGAGCAAGCAGCAGCGGCGCAAGCACGACGGACAAGGCUACUGCGCUCACCCACACAAGGCACCAUGACCUCGACCGCCUCAGUGCCCCCGCCAGGCUCCCUCUUGACGGGCAAGCAAGAGCACUACCUCAAGCGCGAACUCAUCUCCGCCCAGACACAAUGGGAAGUCAGCGAGCUAUCACAUCCCACCGCCCUCCAGCGCUUCGGUGCGCCUUUUCGCUCAGACCGAGGAGAGGUCGCGCCAGAGCACUCGGAGCUGCCACUUCUACGAUACAUCUUCGUCCACCAUGUACGCAACUUCCCCUUCCUCAACCAGGCGAAGGAGAAGGAGUUUUGGCAGGAUAAGCUGCAGGCCUUCUUGGAAAGCUUCGCGAACAAGCACAUAAGUUCUGCUGAGGAUCGCUUGGAGCAGACCAAAAGAGCAAAGCUGGCGCAGAAGGCGAACAAGCUGGUAGAACUGAUGAUGGUGUCCGGCAUACCGACUGCAUCUGGCUAUGAAGAGAGGAUCCGCUUUUCCGAGAUGGAAGUGGUCGAGAGUGGGCCGAACGAGGAGGGUCUGGUGGUCAAUGUGCCAGAAGGGCAUGAGAUCAAUGGCUGGGACAUCAAUGUUGCUGGAGUCAGGCUUGUCAGUGUCAAGCGCCAUGUCAGGCAGCAUAAACAUGCCGAGUUCCUUCUCCGAGUCAAGCGCAGGGACGAGCCAGAAAGAUAUGUUGCGAGACGAUUUGGAGAGUUUGCCCGCAUGCACAAGAAGCUGAGACUCGAGCUCCCUGGUAAGGUCCUACCGCCGUUACCGAAGAAGAACAAAGCACAGUCAUUGUAUAGUGGCAAGGACGACGACGACGACUCGGAUAGUGUCUCAUCCAUGUCAACCACAGGCACUGGUACACCAACGACGGCAGAAGCAAGCGAGAGUAACGGCAGCGGCGGAGGCUUCAGAUCGUAUCUCUCCUCUUGGACAGGCGGAGGCAGUACCAGCACCAGACAUGGUAGGAAUGCGUCGAAAGCGUCGCUGGCGGCACCCUCAGCCUCGCCUCGCGCUAGUAUGGACUCGAGCGCAGACAAAGCGUCUCAAUCACCACUUCGAACAGCAUGUCCUCAAGACACUGUCCUUCAUCGCGAAGAUCAACGAGUUUCUCUUCGAGCAUUCCUACGCAACUUCCUACAAAACGAAGCGAUAGCCAACUCGAAAUCAAUGUACGACUUCUUAACAGCGCAGCCGAUCACGCUCAACGAUGAAGAGCGGGCCGACAUCGACAAGAGGAAGCAUAUGGACAGCAAGCGUCUAGAAGAGCAAAGACAGUUCUUUGAGAUCGCAAGACAACGUGCCAGGGAUCUUGACGUGCACAUGGAGAAGUUCAGACGCAGUGUCGUGGAGGCCAAUGGUCUUCGCAACUUGUUCGCUGAGAUCAAGCAGAAAGAGAAGAUCGAUGACCUGAACCCGGAGUUUAGGAAGUUUGCUGAGUGGCUUCGAAUCGAAGUCGCGGCCACGACAUAUCAUCUGUUCCUGGCAGAAGACAACUCGCCAGAGCUGUUUGCACAAGCGAAGCGGAUACACGGACUUGUGCCUUAUUCGGCACUGAAGCAGGUGAUUCGCUUCACGAACCCAGCGGCAGUCAUGUCAAGCGUGCUCGACCUCUUCAUGGCCCAACCACUUGGUGCCAAGUCAUUACUGCAACGAAUAUUCGGCCUCGCUUUGGGCGACGGAAUCCGCAGCUUACAGCGCUCCAUUGACUCACUGACAGUGAAGAUCGACGAGCCUGCACUCUGUGACAAGAUCAAGAACUACAUCGAAGGCAUCGAGGAUGUGAGGGACAACGUACGGACACAAGCAAGAGAAGAGCAGGUCGAUCUGCUGGUCAAGGUUUUGCAGAGCGACGAGAUCGAGCCUCAAUUAUCAUCAAAGCAGAUCGAGAGGGUCUUCAACGCAUACGUGGCCUGGGACAACGCCGUGGAGAACGUCGACGAAGAAAUGCGACAAGGGGCCGAGCUCUUUGCUCGCCUCAAGCAGCUUCUCAAAUUGCACACCCGCCGAAGAGACAAGCAAAUGAUGUUAGAACUGGUCGAAGAAUCCAACACCCUCCGCCUCUUCCGCGACCUCUUCCAGAUCUUCUACGAGCCCCUCGUCCGGGUCUACAAGAGUGCCAACGUCUACAACAGCGUCACAGACUUCGCCCGCUUCGCCGACGACGCCAUCCAGACUAUCGAGAAAGCACAACGACAGGACGUCAGCGCUGACCCUAACCAGACUGUCCAGAGUUUUAUCGACUUAUGUGAACGACAUGAAGAAGAUCUGUAUAAGUUCAUCCACGAAGUGCACAAACACGACAAUGGCCUUUUCGACAAACUCAUGGCCUGGAUAGAAGGGAUCCUCGACUUCCUCCGCAACGGUCCGAAGGGUGGCAAGCUGGAUAUGAACGCCCUCUUCGCUGGCGCGCUGGAGAUAAAGCAGAUCGAUAAGGACAAGGCACUAAAAGAGAUCAACAGCCUCAUCAAGUGGCAGACUGCCCGAAAACGCUGGCACUCCGACAAGACACGGCAAAAGAUGGCGUCCGGAGGUAACGAGAAUGCUGAUGUGAUGGGUGGGCUGGCAUCGACAUUCAAGCCAGGCGACUUCGGCUUGAACCCUAUAGAUCUUCAGGACCUCAACAUGGAAGACGACGAAGACUUCGACUCGGAAGAAGAGGACGAUGAAGAUGAUGCAGACCCCAUCGCUGCCGAGAGGAAACGGCGGCAGCGAAGACAGGAUGUGCUCAAACGCACGGCUGGCGAGCCCGUCAAGCCGGAGAUUACGGAGUUGCAUAAGAUGAAUCCGCAAUUCUUGAGUAUGCUGCGGAUGGUGCUGGCGGAGUAG